GGGGCCAUUUUAGUCCUCCGGAGCAGAGGCUCGGGGACGUGGUCGACCUGUGGAGUUCCUGGCUUGGCCACCAGCACCGGCAGUUACCCCCCUCUGGCCUACUUUCAGUUCCCUCGUCUCCCACCCCUGACGGGGACCUCGGCCUGGGCCAGCCCCAGUGUCCCGGGCCGACGAGGGAGAGGGUGUCCGCGUGCCGGCGCGCUCGCGCACGUGUGCUCGGGCCAGCCCAGACGGACGUCGAGGCCGCGGAGGAGAUGAGCAGCGACAGAGGCAGGCGCCAGGCCCGAGCGACCCGGGAUCGAGACUGGACAGGCCGUGGCCAGAUCGGCCGGGGCAUAGCGGGAAACUGGGAGCGGGGCCGCGGGCGGCGAGUUGCGGCCGCCGGCCGAGCCGGCCGGCUCCGGGGCCGCGGCCGAGGCUCUAGCUCCCACGUACUCCCCGGCCGCCCUCCCUGGCCAGGCCGGGCCUGGGCCGGCACUUCCCCGCCUCCCCUAGAAAACGAGCCCCCAAGCUCGGGGCCGAAGAACCAAGAGGAGCCACUGGAGAAGACUGGGGGCGGCGGCGCCUGGGGGUGCAGCGCCCUGAAGCCUUCCGGGGGCCUCUCGGCUCAGGCCGAGAGGCGCCGCGGGAGGCGGCGGCGGCGGCGGCGGCGGCGACAACAAAACUCCCCAUUCCCGAUGCCCCCUCCACCCUUCCCACCGCCGCUGCCCCCCCUGCCGCCCCCGCCGCCGCCGCCCCCGCCGCCGCCCCCGCCUCCACCGCGGGAUCGCCGCGGGAAUUUCUACUCACAUCUUGUAUGUGGCCACGAGUUCACUGAUCUGGAGGUAAGAGCUGGUCGGGUGCUACCCCCGGUGGUGCUGGAGGGCCUUUUGGGAUCUGAUGACGAGGAGCAGGAAGACCCCACUGAUUACUGCAGGGGUGGUUACUACCCAGUGAAGAUUGGAGACCUGUUCAAUGGGCGAUAUCACGUGGUGCGAAAGCUGGGAUGGGGCCACUUCUCUACUGUCUGGCUCUGCUGGGAUAUCCAGCGAAAACGGUUUGUGGCCCUGAAGGUAGUGAAGAGUGCCGUGCAUUACACUGAGACUGCUUUGGAUGAGAUUAAACUGCUGAAAUGUGUCCGGGACAGUGAUCCCAGUGACCCCAAGAGAGAGACCGUGGUGCAGCUCAUCGAUGACUUCAGAAUUUCAGGAAUCAAUGGCGUCCAUGUGUGCAUGGUGUUGGAGGUGCUGGGCCACCAGCUUCUCAAAUGGAUCAUCAAAUCCAACUACCAAGGCCUGCCCCUCCCCUGUGUGAAGAACAUCAUGCGACAGGUGCUGCAGGGCCUGGAUUACCUCCACACUAAAUGUAAGAUCAUCCAUACCGACAUUAAGCCGGAGAACAUUCUUCUGUGUGUGGGUGAGGUCUACAUCCGAAGGCUGGCAGCCGAGGCCACACUGUGGCAGCAGUCGGGGGCCCCACCUAUCUCUGGCAACACUGUGAGCUCUGCACCCCAGCAGAUCAUGAAUGGGAAACUCUCUAAGAACAAGAGGAAGAAGAUGAGGCGCAAGCAGAAACGGCAGAAACAGCUCCUGGAGGAGCGCCUUCGGGACCUUCAGCGCCUGGAGGACCUGGAGGGGGAGAGGGGUCUGGAGGGCCUGCUGGCUCCACUGCCCCAGCCCCCUGACACUGACUCAGAUGAAGCUUUGGGGGCCACAUCAUCUCUAGGGGAGAUCUGCUGGGAAGUACGAAGGCUCAUCCUGUCUCUCACAGAUGCCAACUCACAGCUGGGCGACAGCAAUGGGACCACCCUGGCUGAGGCCUCGGGGGGCAGCCUGGCGUGCAGCCCCCAGAGCCUGACCUCCUCUUCAGGCUGUCACCCCUGGGGAGGCGGAGGGGUCUCCCCAGCCUCCUCCUCACCGCCUCGGGGACAGCGCACAGGCAACAGAGGCUUCAGCCCAGACUCCCAGACCUCUGGAUUUUCGGGGUCCCUCUUCUCGCCGACCUCAGGCUCCACCCUGUCGGGCUUCUCCAACCGUCAAGAGAAGGGGGGACUUUUCUCCCUCAGCAACAGAACAUUAAAUGCCACAGACUUCCUGGUGAACCCCCUGGAACCCCAGAACGCAGACAAAAUCAAGAUUAAAAUUGCUGAUCUCGGCAACGCCUGCUGGGUGCACAAGCACUUUACUGAGGACAUUCAGACCCGACAGUACCGGGCAAUCGAGGUGCUCAUCGGGGCUGAAUACGGCCCGUCGGCAGACAUCUGGAGCACGGCCUGCAUGGCUUUUGAGCUGGCCACAGGGGACUAUCUGUUUGAGCCCCACUCCGGGGAAUCCUAUACUCGAGAUGAAGAUCACAUUGCCCACAUCGUGGAACUCCUCGGAGACAUCCCACCAGCUUUUGCCCUCUCUGGCCGCUAUUCACGAGAAUACUUCACUAGACGAGGGGAGCUUCGUCACAUUAAGAAUCUCAAGCACUGGGGGCUGUAUGAAGUACUCAUGGAGAAGUACGAGUGGUCCCUGGAACAGGCAACCCAAUUCACAGACUUCCUGCUGCCCAUGAUGGAGUACAUCCCCGAGAGGCGGGCCACCGCUGCUCAAUGCCUCCAGCACCCCUGGCUUAAUUCCUAAGCUCCAGGCUCUCCUGUUCUCCCUGCUCUAGUUUGCUGUGGUAGAGGGUGGCCUGCUUUUUUAAUGUGCCUUGGUACUGUGCCAGACAGGGGAGGAGGCUGGCUCUUAAGUGUCUUUGGCCCAUCCUGAAGCACCAGGCCUGCACAGUUGGAGCCUGUGCUGCUGGGGAAGGCUUCCAAAGCUAACCUGCCCCGCCCCCCCCUCGUCUCCCAGAACCUUGGUGCAUCCUCCCUUCAGGCCCAUAACUAGUGUGCAAGGUUGUGCUGGGCUGUUUAGCCAGCAGCGUUUCUGGAGAAGGAUUUAGUUGUUUUCCAACCUGUUUUGCAGUCUUUCCCUCUGUUCUGAUCCCAACUUUUUGCUCAGGUUAAAAACAAACAAAAAAAACAAAAAAACAAUAAAAUCAUUUUUCUUAUUGAG